GCGUCUUAUUAAUCCUUCUAUAAACGCGACCUCUGAGACAUCCUUCGAAACUCUCCUUUAAUUGUCAUGUCCGCUCACCAGUGGAACGAAUCAGAGCCUUCUGACGAAGAAGUUAACCAAGAAACACUUGCAACUAGGAAGCGCAGUAGUAGAGCAUGUGAUCAAUGCAGAAAGACAAAGAGCAAGUGCGAGCCAUCCGGAGCAGCUGGUACUUGCAAGAGUUGUACGAUAGCGGGAAACACAUGUACAUUUCUGGGUCCCAGCUAUAAGCGUGGUCCUCCUAAGGGUUACAUACAAGCAAUCGAACAGCGAUGGCAUCAAGUGGAGUCCCUUCUUGGUGCCGUUCUCUCUUGUCCGGAUACUCGAGUACGACAAGUCAUAGCCGAUAUUAGGCAAGACGAUCUUGCAAGGGAAAUUCUCAAUCGAGUAGACACAGGCCCAUUUGGACCUUCGGGCAGACUGUCCCAGCCAGUCGGGGCAACAAAAGAAGACUUCUUCGCAUGUAUAUUCCGGAGUAACGAAGCUUCGGCCCGUGAUUCUCCUCGUUCCCGAAGGCAGUCUAGGAUUUCAAGAGAAAUUGUGUCAUCAUCCAGAGACAAUACACUUUCAACCAUACCGACUUCAGAGUGGCAGGAUCGCCUGUCUGCGAGCCUGACGAGAGGACCUGUCGGCCAUCAUGGUGUUUCGCCAGCUUACAACCCUAGCGGAGCUCCUUUACAGCAACGGCGGCGGCUCGACGUACCAUCAACUAGUAGUGGUCCACAUCAGCCAAACUGGAAUGAAAUGUACACGAUGGAUGCACUUUCAGAAGGUACAGAUGAAUCUCAUGGCCCGGACACUGCUUUUGGUCAACUCUCUCUGGAUGAGAAUCAAGAGGUUCGGUACCAUGGAAAAGUUAGUGGUCUCCAUCUUUUGGGACGUAGCUCCCGCUUGGAUAGCAGACAUGAAGGGGGAAUAUGGAAACUGCCUAUGGCACGUUUUUGGCCCUCCGCAAAGCCCAAUACAACUCCUGUUCCACCAGUCGAAGACGUUGUUGUCAACUUGCCUUGCCUUGCGGUGCAAGAUCAUUUAGUUGAUUUAUAUUUCACUCACGCACACCCGGUUUUCCCUGUAAUCCACAAGGGCCGUUUCCUGAGAGAGUAUAGCGAGUGGAGGCAAAAUAAUCCAGCUACACCAGAGGCUGCCAGGGGCACUCCAUACUACGCCAGUCCAGAACCUUCACAAAACUUGACAAAGCUGCUUCUGUUGGCUAUAUUUGCCAUUGCCGCUCGUUAUAUGGAUGAUAACCCUGCUACAUCUAUUGAUACGAUGUGGGAGGCUGGCAAUGACUACCUUGCACAAGCGAGAGCAGCUCUUGCGCAAGUCUAUCACAGUUCUCGCGCAACUACUUGUCAAGCAUUGCUUCUCCUGGGCCAUCGUGAAUUUGGGAUAGGUUCCAUGGAGCAAGGGUGGCUUUACAUUGGUAUGGCGAUUAGAAUGGCCCAGGACCUCGGAUUAAAUCGUGCUGCGGAUAACUGGCAAUUUCAUGGAAGAAAAAUGUUCUCCCUUGAGGAGAACCAGGUCAGGAAGCACAUAUGGUGGGGUUGUUGCAUUGCAGACAAAUACACUUCUGUAUAUAUGGGUCGACCCGUGUCUAUCAGUGAAGGCGACUUUGAUACACUUCUUCCAGAUCCCGCUGAAUACGGCGAAGACAUCUCCGGCGACCUAGUGACAUCGCAGUACAUAUCGACACCGCUGACGAUGAGCUGCUUCAGGGCUGCUGCAACACUAUCCGUUUUAAUUGGUUCUAUCGUGACAAUGAUUUAUCCCGUUCGCUCAACGAGAAGGGGCUCGCGGCGGGCAGUCUUGAAUAAUCUGGAGUCUAGACUGGACCAAUGGUACAUCGACCUUCCUGAUAAUCUUCGGUACGACCCAGCUAGCAAGCGAAAUACUCCGCCACUGGCGGUUCUCUUUAUCCACAUCCAAUAUUGGUCCGCAGUAUUAUUGUUACACCGAGCGUUUAUUCCUGAUUGGAAAGGCUCGGAACAGAUAUUACAGAAUCCUGCCUCUGACACAGCCUCCAUGAAAGCCUUCGAUCUGUGCCAAAGUGCCGCCACUUAUGUCAGCACAAUAGUAACGACAUAUCACGAGAACUUCAAUAUCAAAUGUAGUUCACCGUUCUUAUCAUCGUAUAUUCUUAGUGCUGGCAUUAUGCACAUUGUGACAUUAACCCUUCGGCCAUCAAAUGUCCAGGCUUAUAUUGGCUUGCGACAAUGUCUUGCCGUUUUGAAAGAGGUGCAGACUACAUGGCCUAGCGCCGGAAGAGCCUGGGAUCUUCUUAAUGGCGUCAGAGUGCAGGUGGACAGCAACAUGCCACAUUUGUUGCAUGGCCCUGAUCGUCAAAAGAGAGCAGCAGAUGAUGCGUUUGGAGAAAGGAGCUCUGACGUACUGCAGCGCGAGGCGUUUGGUGAUGUUCUUCAAAGGGAACGUGCUCCGCAGAACAGCGGUAUCCAGGAGAUCAGCACCCGAAUGAUGGCGCAUAUGCUUGGCCUUGACAUUCCUGGCAUUGAACCCUCGACCUCGUAUUACCCAGGUUACGAGUGGUGGCCACGAGCCAACCAGCCUUCACCUCAGUCAUAUCAGGGAUCAUCCACAAGUGGAUCUUCGCUGAUCAAUAUGGAUUAUCCUCUACCAGAUGACCAAGACUGGAGAGUUCAAAAUCCCACCUCCAACUAUCCAUACGAGUAUCAGAAUGCGCCACCUGAUCGUUAUCGUAUGUAGUGGACUAAUCACCUUUGUCUCCCUAGCGUAAAACGCCACCAAUAAUAAUACAUCGCCCCUCAUCGCCUGCUCCUGUUACUCAAUUAGAAGGUAUAA